UCGUGUGUGCGUGUCAAACCCGUGUGUAUGUGUGUGUGUCAGUAUGUGUGAGUGUGUGUCAGUGUGGAGGUGUCAGCUGUAAGGCCGCCAGGGAGACACACACCAGCACCACUAGUCCUUCACCUUCCCCUGGGUAGCAAAGGAGGGAAUCCGGCGUACAUGCUGGCAGACAGGGAACAAUUACCAUGAUGGAACUGAGCCACAGUCUCACCUUGAAUGAGGAGGCUCUUGCCCAGCUCCCUCCAGCCAAACGGCCAAUAUUUGUGUUUGAAUGGCUUCGCUUUCUGGACAAGGUUUUGGAGGCUGCUCACAAGUCUGAUAUCAAGGAAUGCCAGAAGCAACUGGUGGCACAGUUGGUGGGGCAAAUGAAUGAGUCCCCAGGGCCACCAACACGCAAGCUGGUGGCGCGGUGCCUGGCAACCCUGUUCAGUGUGGGGGACACUUUUCUCCUCUUUGACACCAUCAACAAAUGCAAUGAUGUCCUCAAAAAUAAAGAUGACUCGCCAAGCUAUCUGCCAACUAGACUCGCUGCGGUGACCUGCAUUGGUGCUAUGUAUGAGAAGCUGGGGCGCAUGAUGGGGCGGUCGUAUGAGGAGACCGUGCAGAUCCUCAUCAAGGCGCUGAGGAAUGCAGAGUCCCAGUUGAGGAUAGAGAUCAUGAUGACCUUGGAGAAGAUCACAGCAGGCAUGGGCACUGCAGCAGGCAAUGUACACAAGGACAUUUACAAGGCUGCCAAGAUGGGCCUCACUGAUCGGGCUCUUCCUGUCAGAUGCGCCUCAGCUCUGUGCUUAAUGGAAAUGACCAAACAUGCACCAUUCAUGUACACAACAGAGAUUGAAAACCUCUCCCAGUUGUGUUACCGUGCAUUUGACAACAGUAACUAUGAUGUUCGGUGCACUGUGGCCAAGCUGCUGGGAUUUGUACUGGCAACAACACAGAAUCCACCCAAAGAGUUUAUAAAAGGGAACAGCAAAGGAGGACCUGUGAAGCUGAUGUCACUUGAUGAGGCACUGACGGUCUUGCUGACAGGGUUUUUAAGAGGUGGAAACAGCUUCCUGAAAGGGACCGGAGAGAUGAUCAAAGGCUCUUCCUCAGUGUCACGUGAAGUUAGAGUAGGCAUAACACAGGCAUAUGUGGUAUUUGUGCAAGAGAUGGGUGCGUUAUGGUUGGAACGGCACGUGUCCACUCUGCUGGCACACCUGAUGGAAUUGGUGGCCAGUCCAAAGGCCAUCACCUCCCAUGUAGAGGCUGUCUACUCACGCAAGUGUGUCAACUUUAUCUUGCGAGCCACACUGGGACGCAUGAUUGGAGAGAAAGCACAAGCAGCGGCCUGUAAAGAAAUAACUCAGUUGAUUAUCAAGCAUAUGAAUACUGUUGAUGUUAGUGGUGAGGGAACCAAGGAUGGAGGGGAAGGAGGCCAGCAUGUAUUGGUUUGUCUGCUGCAAGAGCUCGGCUGUCUUAUGGAGUCACUCAGCACUACAUCAUCCACAAUAAUUCUUGAUACACAUCUCAACCUUGUGGAUGCAGUGGUGGCUGUGUUGCUUCAUCCAAGCAGUGCUGCACGACUGAAUGCUGCCUGGUGCCUUCGCUGCAUCUGCCUUGCCCUUCCCUCCCAGCUCCACCCUCUCAUCACCCGCUGCUGCGACCGCCUCGAUGCCCUCAAGUCUUCCCCUGAAGCCAUUGCUGGCUAUAGUUGUGUUGUGUCAGCUCUAGUUGGGUGUGUCCAGAAAACUCCUCUUGGGAUCCCUCACAUGCGGGGAAAGGUUCUUUUCAACAUAGCUGAGGAGCUCCUCCGAUCGGCCAGCCAGAACUCCCGACUGUCUCUUCACAGAACUCAGGCUGGAUGGCUCAUCAUUGGCUCCAUUAUGACCUUGGGUGUGGGUGUUGUGCGAGGUUUGCUGCCCCGCAUGUUACUGCUGUGGAAGAACUCUUUCCCCCGCUCUAGCAAAGAGAUUGAGAGUGAAAAGGCCCGGGGAGAUGCUUUCACGUGGCAGGUUACUUUAGAGGGUAGAGCAGGAGCUUUAGCAUCCAUGCACAGCUUCCUUCUUCACUGCUCUGAACUGGCGGCUGAAGACACAGUUCGAAGACUUCUCCUGCCCAUAGAAGCUGCUCUCCUUAUGUUGUCUUGCAUUGCACACAUUGUGAAGCAGUACGGCCAGCACCUCAAGGCGUCCACUGCCAUGGUGCGGCUCCGCCUCUAUGAAGUGUUGGCUCUUCUGCCACCUCAGUCUUUUGAAAGUCAUUACACAAGUAUCUUGAAAUUGUUGGUGAGUGAGUUUACCCUCGCUGAGAGUGGUGCCAACACCACCACCUCACUUCUGCGCAGUAUGUGCCAUGCUGAUGACUCUGUCAUUCUGGGCACCUGGCUGCACCACACUCAUCACAAGGCCAUUGAAGACCAGCUACAACCAAACAGUGCAAGUGGGUCUGGAGCACUGGAACAUGACUCGACCUACCUGUAUCGGCCUCUGCCAGAGGGUGAGGUCAUUGCUGGCCCCCUUCCCUUAGGUGUGGCUGUCAUAGAUGCCUCAGUGGUCCUCUUUGGACAGAUGUUUCCGCUGGUGGCAAACAAACAUCGCCUCAAGAUGUUGAAUUUGUUUGGAGACAUGAUUCGAGCUGCCAAAAGCCAACGUCAAGAGGCUGUACAGAUGAACAUUUUUACUGCUGUGCUGAGUGCCCUGAAGAUCCUCAGCGAUAACAAGGCUUCAUUUGGCCAAGAUGAUGUUAAGAAAGCUGCAACUGCUCUUCUUCUGGGAGGCUUGAUACACCCCAACUCAACGCUACGCUGUGCAUCGGGGGAAGCCAUUGGACGCAUGGCUCAGGUGGUUGGGGAUCCACGUUUUGUUGCAGAACUGGCCCAGAAUAGUUUUGACAAGCUGAAGAGUGCACGUGAUGCUGUGAGCCGCACAGGGCACUCCCUGGCACUCGGCUGCCUUCACCGUUAUGUUGGAGGCAUGGGGUCAGGCCAGCACCUCAGCACCUCCAUCAGUAUCCUGCUUGCUUUGGCUAAGGACACAACCUCUCCAGUGGUUCAGGUAUGGGCUCUUCAUGCUCUGUCCCUGAUCGCUGACUCUGGAGGCCCUAUGUUCCGUUCAUAUGUUGAGCCGUCCCUUGCCCUGCUGCUGGAACUGUUGCUGUCUGUUCCUCUUCACACUGCAGAAGUUCACCAGUGCAUAGGAAAGUGUCUUCAGGCCCUUAUCACUACUGUGGGUCCUGAGCUGCAAGGUACAAACAGCAGUGUGGUGAUGGUGCGAUGGUCCUUGCUGUGUGGAUGUGGUUUGGUGCAGGAACAUCCAGAGCCGCUGGUGCAGGCUGAGGCCAUUGCAUGCCUGCAGCAGAUGCACAUGUUUGCACCCAGACAUGUCAAUCUGUCCUCCUUAGUUCCCAUGCUUGUGAAAAAACUGAGCUGCAAUCAUCUGCUGCUGCGUCGUGCCGCUGUAUCGUGUCUCAGGCAGUUGUCGCAGCGAGAGGCCUGGGAAGUGUGUGAACAUGCACUCAAUCUUGCUCAAAGUAGUGAAGAACAGGAUCAAGGGCUAGCAAUGACAGAGACAGGUCUGCCUGGAUUGCUGUUUGGACUACUGGACACUGAGACAGACUGUGUUUUGGUGCGGCACGUGCACCACACCCUCACCUCAAUGCUGCAGGCACUGGCCACCUCCCACCUCACUCUGUGGCUCACUCUGUGCCAAGAAGUUCUUACCAACACAGUGGAGAGCAGCACUAAUGAUGGUAAUGGUGAGACAGGAGAGGAGAUUGCUGAUGAUGACAUGGUUCAGAUUCACACUGGAGGAGACCCUGAUCCUCACCCCACCAUUCCGCCUCGCUGGACCACCAGGGUGUUUGCUGCUCAGUGCAUUGCUAAGAUUAUCCAGGAGUGUGAAAAUAGUCGAGCUCACUUUGACCUUGCUCUAGCCCGGGAAAUGCAAGCCACCAAGCUUAAAGGAGACUACUUAGUGUUACAUUUGAGUGAGGUUGUCCGUAUGGGCUUCAUGGGAGCCACCAGUGAUAGUGAUGAACUGCGUCUAGAAGGCCUUCACAUCCUGCACCUCAUCAUAGACAGAUUCUCCCAUGUUCCUGAACCAGAGUUCCCUGGCCAUGUGAUACUAGAGCAAUACCAAGCACAGGUUGGUGCUGCAUUACGGCCAGCAUUUGCUCCAGAAACAGCCUCCCAUGUUACUGCACGAGCUUGUGAAGUCUGUAGUGCGUGGAUAUGUUCAGGUGUUGCUCGAGAUCUGAAUGACCUGCGGCGUGUCCAUCAGCUCCUGGUGUCCUCUCUGGCUAAGCUGAAUAAGGGCAACACUAAAGGCUUGUAUAAUGAAAGUGCAGCAACUUUAGAGAAAUUGGCCAUCUUAAAAGCAUGGGCAGAGGUAUAUGCUGUUGCCUUAAAAGGUGUAAAUGAAAAUGAAAAAGUGGAUGGAGAUUGUGAUGAAGACGAUAGGCCUGAGAGUGAUUCAGGCUUGCAGUCAUCAGAGGAGAGUCUGCUCAGCCUGGUACAGCCAGAGUUGGUGGCUCUGUCCAAGUCAUGGCUUGCUGCACUCAAGGACCAUGCACUGCUGUCCCUGCCCCCUGAAUUUUCCAGUCAGUUACCCCAUGAUGGAGGAGCGUUUUAUUCUAACGAAAGCAUCGAGAAUGUUCGUCCAUACUAUCGCAGUGCUUGGCCACCCAUGCUGUAUGCUGCUGCACUCUGGCUCAGCUCUGGAGGCUUUGAUAGUGCACUGGAGGAAGAGGAAGGAGAUGCCAGUCCUACAGCUUCCAUGGGGACAUCAAGUUCAGCCUCAUCUCCUGUCAAAACACCUGAAUCUAUAAAUAAGGAUCGUUUUUAUCUCCUUUUAGGAAUCUGCCUGGAGUGGCUGUGCAGCCCUGUGCAUAGUGAUGAUCCAGAGCGCAGUGUGGUGUGUCUACGGUCUUUAGAGACUUUGUUGUCUUCCCACUGGCCAGCCAAGUUGGUUGGUCCUAAUAGUAGCCUGACUUCUGAAAUUGCCACAGUGAUGCACAGACAAGUGUUAAGUUCCGACCACACUGAUGUGCAUCAGUCGGCAGUAACAGUUGUCACUCUUGUUGUGAAGGCCGCACAGCAGACUCUGGACGAGGAAAAAAGAAAAAAGAACAAACAUAAAGAAGAAAAGCCAGCAAAUCAGGAAUGUGAGGGGUGUGAGGCUGACCUCUUGGGUGAAGGCAAGGAGUCUGGGGAAAUCAACACAGCUCAGUCUCUGGUGUUCACUGCCCUACAGGUGUGUCUAUGCACCCUAGUGCGGCACAAGCCCCGCCUUGCUCCACAGGUGGUGGCCUCAGCACCCUCCCUGCUGGCACCUCCUCGCCACCACACCAAACCACACCAGCUGGACUCCCUGCUGGCUUCUACUGUGACUCUUCUUACUACUCUACCUGAUUUAUGUUCUCCAGCAGGUGGUGUUGCCAUUCUUCCAACUGUGCUGUACCUCCUGACUGGUGUUUUGAGAGAAUGUGGCAGCAAGACCAGUCCCUCAUCAAACACUAGCAACACUCCUACUCUCACUAGUGUUGUUCUAGAUGCAUUAGCUAAUCUAGCAAGACAUCCCUAUGCUCGAGAUCCAAGGUCCAAGGAUCAGUGGUGCAGCUUACUGCAGUCUGCUCUGGCCAGUAUUAUUGACCUUAGUAAAACAUGUGAAGAAGAACGCAUCACAGAUGAAGUGGUGGUGCUGCAGGGCAUUGCUCAGCUCAUCCUUCAUGCCCCUCCCUCUGUCAGCAGACCACACAACCUCCAAUAUCCUGCUAUUAACUUGUUCAAAAUGGCAACACAACACCAACAUUUCAGUGUACGUAUUCAGUGUAUUCAGACACUGGAAUCCAUCUUCAGCCACACAGACAGUGAAAUAUCAACUCCUUACAUUCAUGCACUGGCACCUCGCAUCCUUGAGUACCUGCAUGAGACACACACCAGCAUCUCCACCCUAGCUGAACUGCAGCUCAUCACAGAGAGUCUCAGUGCAAUGGAACUUCUCAUUCCAAGAACAUUAGCUGAGCAUAGAAGUGAAUUGGUGGGAGUGCUGGUGGGCCUGAUGGUGGGGGCACUGCAGGACACCAACCGCCUCAGCAGCGUGAACCAGCCCACCAGACAGCUACACCAGUAUGCACUAGGGAGGCUGCAGAAGAUUGGACCACAGUAUCCACAGGAAUUCCGCACUGUCCUGACCAGCAAGCCAGAGUUGCGCCUCAGGUUGGAGGGAGCACUGAAGGGCCAGCAGGAGGCAAAGAGCAAAGUGGAUGCAUCCUUGGCUCAAGAUUCUGUGCAGCACCAGCCAACCAUCAAGCUAAAAAGAGACUUCUCAAAUUUUGCAUUGAAGACGUAGGCCAGGUUCCUUUCCUGUCUGCAUAAUACUUGCAUAACGCUUGGAGAAAACAGAUAAGAAAACUAAUUCCCUAUUACAUUUUAGACUAUUACUCAUCUAUAGACAUACAUUCCAAGUGUAUAUGCAUUUAACACUGAUACAGUGCUAGACUGACUAUUGAACAACUGAAGAACUGCAAAGAACCAAGCACAUGAUAGACCUCUCUGAGUUUUGAAUUACAAUUUAUAUUCUUGUGUAUGUCCUCAAGACAUUCUUAUGAUAGAUAGAGAGGCUUUGAAGAGUUUUCAUUUUCAGUUUAGGUUUAAUUUUAUAUCAUUGCUGAUCAUACUGUUUUUCACUGAUGCUGUUUAUCUGUGCAUAUCUUUACUAUUUAAUUGGUUCAUCAUUUGAAGAGACUCAGUGAGGAGUUGUUUUUUCUAAGAUUAAUAUCCAUCUUAUAAUCAUGAAUUUUCAUGUUUUCAGGAGUUUUUUUUGUUAUCCAGCCUUUUCAAAAUACCAUAAUCUAUUAUUGUUCAAAAUGCAAACUAAUAUGAAAUAUUUCUUAUGAAAAUUGUACAUCCAUUACAAGUUACUUUGUAAUUGGGGAGUAAUGUUUCAAUGAUUCUGGGUAGGCAGGAUCUUCCCCUUCCUUAUUGACUGAGUGGUGGGCUGAACCUUGCUGUGUGAAUCAUUUUAUCCUUGGUCAUGAUUUAGUGAGUUAUUUGUAUGUAAAUAUGUACUGUAUGUAUAUUGUUUACUUUUAUUGAUUCCAAAGGUAAAGGGAAGGUUAUAAGUUCCUUAAGAAGCUUAUUUUUAGCAAAGAAAGCUUAUCUAGAAAAUUAAAUAGAAAAUUAUGUAUCUUUUUAUCUAAUUUGUCUAAGUGCAAGAAGCUUAUUUAAAUACAUAAUUACAUUAGUAGUGUUA